CCCAUUGUAUGCUGUGGGGCGGAGGGGAGAGGGAGGCGGCGCCGGAGGACCUUCUGCAAAAGGGGAGGUCAUAGAUCCGGCACUUGCCUUUACGGAAGAAUCCGGCAGAGGAGGAAGGCGAUCCGCACGUCUAGCUGGAGGCUGUCUGGCCAGAGGUCUGCAGCCGUCUCCACCAUCUUUGCCACCAGUGGCUGAAGCCAGAAAGGCACAGAAAGGAGGAGAUCCUGGACCUGGUGGUCUUGGAGCAACUCCUGGCCAUCCUGCCCCCGGAGAUGGAGAGCUGGGUCAGGGAAUGCGGGCCGGAGACCAGUUCCCAGGCGGUGGCCCUGGCAGAAGGCUUCCUCCUGAGCCAGGCAGGUGCCAAGACUCAGGAGCAGCAGGUGCAGGAAAAGAUCACGCAGGAUCCUUACCACGGAGCAGCUUUUCCAGGCAGCAGUGAAAAGGCUCCCUUCAUGGCUUCUCCACCGUCUCCUCCGUUUGGUGAAGGGAAAAGACCAGCCAUGCGGCCAGCUCAGAGUCCGGUGUCCUUCGAAGAGGUGGCUGUGCGUUUCACCCGGGGGGAGUGGAGCCUGCUGCGCCCGGCCCAGAGAGCCCUGUACAAGGAAGUCAUGCUGGAGAACUUUGGGAUCGUGGCCUCUCUGGGAUCUCAGGUUGCCAAACCUGAACUCAUAUUCCGGCUGGAAGAGGAGGAGGAGGAAGAGCUGUUUCUCCUGAUCUCUGGUGUAGAGGAGGGAUUGGCAGGCCAGACAGAGGACUUGAAUGAGACACUCCUAGACCACACGCCAACAUUUUCAAAGAGACGGAAUGAAGUCGUCAUGGGAUAUUUCCGUUACCCUGAUAUCUGCUGGAAGUCAAACUCUGCUAAAAACAGAAGGUCUACUGAGUUCCUGACUUGUCUUGCUGACAACUUCCUCUUCCAGCAAGUGGAGAAGGAAAGAAGGGGCUCUGCCAUCUUGGACUUGAUUCUCACCCACAGGGAAGAACUGGUUGAUGAGGCGAAAGUAGAGGGCACCCUGGGUAGCAGCGGCCAUGAGGCGUGUGGGAGUCAGCAAAUGACACAAAAGAACAUCCAGUGA